AGCUUGGCCAGGAGGCGUAUCGUGUUGGUUUCCGUGUCCGGGGGGCGUUACGCGUUACGGAGGGGAGGGGAGGGGAGGCCACGCGGCGGCACGGCAUUGGGCGGGCUACGUGUUCCCCGUCCCCGACGGACUUCCCUCGGCUCGUCUGCUUCUUCUUCCUCCCUUCCUCCCUUCAUUGGAUUGGAACUGGAAUUGGAAUCGGAAUUGGAUUGGCAGCCAAAUCGAAUCGAAUCCAAUCCAUCGGGACGCCGCCGGCUAAGAUCUCCGGCUCAUUGCAACCAAGGAAGGAAGGAAGGAAGGAGCGAGGUGUCGGCCUCGGCCUCGGCGGGCGGGGAUGGCGUGGCGGCUGGCCCUGCCGCUGCUCCUCUUCUACUCCCCCAUCCUCAUUUGCUCAUCCUCAUCGCAAGAAAUCCAAGACAAUGAUCCCUCCAAAUUGUUUAAGAGUGCUUCCGAGAUGAUGAGCCUCAGCAAAUACGACGGAGCGCUUGGUCUGCUCAACGCUGUCCUGGAGCUCGACCCUAACCAUUCCGAAGCUUACAGGCAGCGCGCGUCAGUGUUCCGCCACAGAUGCAGACACAAGGAAGCUGAGAGCGACUACAACAAAUUCCUCGAGCUCAAGCCCGGGACUGCUUCAGUGGAAAAGGAGCUAGCUCAGCUGCUGCAGGCUCAGAAUGCAUUACAAUCUGCUUAUACCCAGUCUGAUGCUGGGGAAUUCUCAAAAGUCCUCGAGUACGUCAACAAAAUCGUGCUCGUCUUUUCUCCAGGUUGCUUAAAGGCAAAGCUUCUCAAGGCUAAAGCAUUGCUAGCACUGAAAGACUAUUCAAAUGUUAUUUCGGAGACAGGAUUUAUUCUCAAGGAAGAUGAAGAUAACUUGGAUGCGCUGUUACUUCGUGGCCGAGCAUACUAUUACCUUGCUGACCAUGAUGUCGCCAACAGGCACUAUCAGAAAGGCCUCCGUCUAGACCCUGAACAUUCAGAACUGAAGAAAGCAUACUUUGGGUUGAAAAAACUUCUGAAGAAGACCAAGAGCGCAGAAGAUAAUGCUGCCAAGAGCAAGUUUCGCGUGGCUGUUGAAGACUACAAGGCAGCACUAGCAAUGGAUCCAGACCAUACUAUGUACAACGUACAACUUUAUCUCGGGCUGUGUAAGACUCUGGUUAAACUUGGAAGAGGCAAGGAGGCAAUCAAUAGCUGUACAGAAGCACUCAGCAUAGAUGAAGAACUUGUUGAUGCUUUGGCACAGAGAGGUGAAGCUAAACUUCUGACAGAAGAUUGGGAAGGUGCGGUUGAGGACCUAAAAGAGGCUGCCCAGAAAUCCCCACAGGACAUGGCAAUCCGGGAAGCGCUCAUGAAAGCUGAAAGGCAGCUGAAGCUCAGCAAAAGGAAAGACUGGUACAAAAUCCUGGGCAUUUCGAAGACAGCAUCGGCCGCGGACAUCAAGCGCGCGUACAAGAGGUUGGCGCUGCAGUGGCACCCGGAUAAGAACGUGGAGAACCGUGAGGAGGCGGAGAACAUGUUCCGAGAGAUCGCCGCGGCAUACGAGGUGCUUAGCGACGAGGACAAGCGUGUGAGGUACGACCGGGGAGAGGACCUGGACGAGAUGGGCAUGGGGGGAGGCGGCGGCGGGUUCGACCCGUUUGGUGGAGGCGGUGGGCAGCAGUACACGUUCCACCACGGGGGAGGGUUCCCCGGAGGCGGAUUCCAGUUCAACUUCGGUUAAAAGCAGGCCAGGCUUCCCUGAUGAUGUCUUAGUUUCUUGUCAUUACUGCUUUAGGAGGGAGAGCUUAACGGCAACAUGUGUUAAUUAUAUAUUAUCUACUAGCAAAGAGCUUUUACUACCGUCUUGGCUCUUGUUACUCUGGUUAAAGAAAGUUUUGCUUUAGCACCUAUACAACAAAUUUUCCUUGAGAUUAAUUGUAGUAAUACUGUAUUAUGAUUAUAGCCGAUGAUUUUGUGAUGCAUCGACCACUUGAUUGGAAAUAAGGUAUGCUGCUCCUAUUA